AUGUCUACUGCCUCUUCUAAGCGCAAGACCCGGGACGGGUCCGAGGAUGCAGCUCCAUCCCGCAAGAAGGCACAGCGCAAGGCCGACAAAACAGAUCAGCAACCCGAAUUCGUGGAUUUUGGCAGCGGAGGCGAGGAAAAGAAGCCCAAGUCAGCGCGCAAAUACAAAGACAAAUUCGCUCCUCGCCCGGAGAAGGAGUACCCGUCUAUCAACGAUCUCAAAAAACGCAUUCGAGAUGUCAAGCGACUACUCAACAAACAAGACCUUUCUGCCGACGCCCGCAUCUUGCAGGAACGUGCGCUGGAAGGUUACGAAAACGACCUUAAGGAUGAAACGAAACGCCGCGAAAAGUCACAGCUGAUCAGCAAAUACCAUUUCGUUCGCUUCCUUGACCGCAAAGCUGCAAACAAGGAACUUGCCCGUCUUACCCGCCGCCAAAAGGCAGAAGAUUUGGAUCCGAAAGAAAAGGCUCAGCUCGAGGCUAAGAUCAGCGAUUGUCAGGUCAACAUCAACUACACAAUCUAUUACCCCCUCACCGAAAAAUAUCUCUCAAUCUACCCCAAGUCUAAUGGGAAGCCUGAGGCUAAGGAGGCCGAGCCCUCGAAGAGAGGGCCCGAGGCCGCUCAACCCAAGCCCGCGUUAUGGCCCAUUGUUGCAAAGUGCAUGGAGGAAAAGACAUUGGACCUCCUGCGUGAAGGAAAACUGAACAUCAACUUCAAGGGAGAGAAGAUCCAAGAUGCAUCCGACAAAACCACGACCAAAGAUACCAACAAGGAGAAAAGCACGAAGAAGGAGCACCAGAAAGACUCAAAGGCUGCUUCCCACAAGGACAAGUCUGCCAAGCGGGAAAAGCAUAGCGGCAAGAACGACAAAUCGGCCCGCAAGGCAGACUCCAAGCAUGUCGCACCACAGCCCAACGCAGAUGACGAAGAGAGCGAUGGUGGAUUCUUCGAGUAA